AUGCCUCCACUUCCCAUUCUCAAUCCUCUACUUAGAUUCUCACCCCCUUCCUCCCCUGAUAAUCCCAAGCACCAGAGACUAUUAAAGAUCACUAUGCCAAAAUUCGCAGUGCGCAAACUCAUACCUCUUCUUGUCUUCCUUCUUUCAAGCCUCUCUGUUCUCCGACUACUCCGCCUUUCUUUCAAGUCGUCAUCCUCAGCAUCUCGCCCCUUCUCUUCGACCACAUUUCGGUUGAGUCCGGCUAAAUCCAGUCAGCACACUAAUGUGGGUCUGAGCUCCCUUACGGAAAAGGAACUCAAGCUCUUAACAGAUACCAUUACUCAGAGAUCCCCUUGCAACGUUCUUGUUUUCGGGUCUGCACCUCAAUACCUCAUGCUAUCCUCAAUCAACACUAGAGGCAUUACCGUCAUUCUGGAAGAUGAACCUGCAAAGAUAAUGACACCAAAAGGCAACAACACCAAAAUCUACAGAUUGAAAUUCCAUCAGAUGGAAGUCAAGAAUGCUUACAAGCUGCUUCGACAUGCUCGAGCCAAUCCUGCAUGCUCACCAAAUAUGAAUCUACAUAAAGGGUCAUCAGACUGCAAAUUGGAAUUGAGAGAUUUUCCACAUAAAAUAUACGAUAUCAAAUGGGAUGUGAUAGUUGUCGAUGGGCCACGUGGGGAUGACUUAGAGGCACCAGGUCGGAUGGGGACUAUUUAUACUGCGGCUGUGUUAGCAAGAAAAGGAAGUAGCAACUCAACAACAGAUGUAUUCGUGCAUGAUGUGAACAGGACUGCUGAGAAGUGGCUCUCCUGGGAAUUCUUGUGUCAGGACAAUCUCCUUUCAUCUAAAGGAAACUUCUGGAAGUUUAGGAUCAAGGGUCAAUCAAAUGCGUCCAGGUUUUGCUCACCAGAGACAGUCCUGAUCAAAUACUAG